AUAUAAAUAAAUUGAACUUUAUUUAAUAAUAAAAAUCCAAGAGUUAAUUGGAAUACUUUGGUUUCUAAUUUAUUCAUAACUGAUCUUGAUCUGAUGAGGCUUUGUUUGUUUUGUUGCAGGAGAUAGAAGAAUUCGAAAAUGGUGGUAGCAGAGGCGGAGAUGAACAACAACUCCCAGGGAGAAGUGGAAUCGCCGGUAAUCCAAGUGGGAGAGCAGCAAGCCGGGAAGAACAACCACCACCCAUUCUCCUCCCUCGGGAGACAAUCAUCCAUAUAUUCUCUGACCUUAGAUGAGUUCCAGCACACACUGUGUGAGAGUGGCAAGAACUUCGGAUCCAUGAACAUGGACGAGUUUCUUAGUAGCAUAUGGAAUGCAGAAGAGAACCAAGCCAUAGUAAACUCUUCUAACAACAUCACCAAUAAUAACACACCACUAGGUGAAGCUUCUUCUGCGAUGAUGAGGGAACAGCAGCAGAGUCUCCAUCGGCAAGGAUCACUCACUAUUCCUGCGCCUUUAAGCCGGAAAACCGUGGAGGAGGUUUGGUCUGAAAUACAUAAUAAAGUGGAACAGACUCAGCAGCAACAGCAGCACCAUCAUCAGCAGAGCAAGAGCAGCAACAGCAAUGGCGCCAUGCAUACAGAGAUUACUUAUCGCCAGCCAACCUUUGGGGAGAUGACUUUGGAGGAUUUCUUGGUCAAAGCAGGGGUAGUUCGGGAACAAUGUGCAAUGCCGGGGAUACCACAACCACUAGCAGCUUCUCAUCACCAUCACCAUCCUCAUCAUCAGCAGCAGCAGUAUGGGGUGUAUUCUGGUAACAACUCUGCAGCAAUGGCUCCUUCUUCUUUUGUUGGAAGGACUAUUAUCGGUGGUGGUGCUGUGGUUGCGGCUGCUUCGCCGUACCAGGCAGAGCCUUCUGGAUACCCUGGGAGUAGUGGCAAGAGGGAUGGUGGCGGCGGAGCAUACUCUACACCGGGUUCCGCCGGCGGGAUUUGUUAUGGAGGGAGGGUGGUGAAUGGAGGGGGUGGGUACGGGGUAGGGCCCUUGAGCCCGGGCUCUUCGGACGGGGUGGGCGCUGGGGAGGGUCAGUAUGGGGUUGAGAUGGGUGUGUUGAGGGGACGCAAGAGGAUGGUGGAUGGUCCUGUCGAGAAGGUCGUCGAGCGACGGCAGCGGAGGAUGAUUAAGAACAGAGAAUCUGCUGCUAGAUCCAGAGCCAGAAAACAGGCGUACACAGUUGAAUUAGAAGCAGAACUCAACCAACUGAGAGAAGAGAACGCCCAACUUAAACAGGCGCUGGCCGAGUUCGAGAAGAGAAGAAAGCAACAGUGUUGUGAGGAGGAAAUGAACGUUAGAGUUCAAACCAAAGCUCAGAAGGCAACAGAGAAAUUGAGAGCAUUGAGAAGGAACCAAAGUUGUCCUUUGUGAAAAUUGUGCGACACGACUUCAUGCCAGUGGUAGCAACCUAACCAGCAUAACCUUGGAUUCUAGAAGUGGGCAUUGGAUUUGGUCUUAUUCCAUCUUCUUGUUUGGUUGAUCGACCACACAAAUUUCCACCUGCUAAAUUAAAGCAAGCAAGGAAACGAGAGAUCAGAAUGGAACAGAAAAGAUGUGAAAUUGUGAUUUUGAUUUGAUAUUUUAGCCAAUGCAAGUUCACGAAUGUAUAAUAUAGC